GAGAGGGAGAGGGAGAGAGAGAGAUUUGAAUUUCCCAUCUGGAAGGGGAGCGGCAGCACGUCAGGGCCUGGCCGAGGGGCGUGAUUGGAGGGCGCUUCGGCAGCAGCCGCGGCCCCAGCUCGCCCGCGGAGUUACACGAGGCGGCGGCGGAGCUCAACUCGCCGGAGGCGGCUCAGACGCUUGCGGGGACGGCCAGGUCGGCACCUCUGCCUGCGCCAGGCCAGCCAGGAGUGCUGCGUGAACGCACAGGGGCCGGGGGCUAGCGCUCGCCGAGCAGCCGCGCCAUGGACUUCGUCAUGAAGCAGGCCCUGGGAGGGGCCACCAAGGACAUGGGGAAGAUGCUGGGGGGAGAGGAGGAGAAGGACCCCGACGCGCAGAAGAAGGAGGAGGAGCGGCAGGAGGCGCUGCGGCAGCAGGAGGAGGAGCGCAAGGCCAAGCACGCGCGCAUGGAGGCCGAGCGCGAGAAGGUCCGGCAGCAGAUCCGCGACAAGUAUGGGCUGAAGAAGAAGGAGGAGAAGGAGGCGGAGGAGAAGGCGGCCCUGGAGCAGCCCUGCGAGGGCAGCCUGACCCGGCCCAAGAAGGCCAUCCCUGCAGGCUGCGGCGACGAGGAGGAGGAGGAGGAAGAGAGCAUCCUGGACACCGUGCUCAAGUACCUGCCCGGGCCCCUGCAGGACAUGUUCAAGAAGUAACCGGCCUCCUGCCCCAGCCCCACUCCACCUGUUACUAUUUUUUCUUUUGUUCUUUCUUUUCUUUUUAUUAAGUUAAGUCUCCAUUCUGAAGGGGAAAACCUCA